AUUCACAUGAAGGUCUGCUCCUCUCAACCCCACCAACACCACGACCACCACCACCGCUGCUGCUGCUGCGUAAUCAGGCUGCUCCAGGCGCACCAAGCCGCACAACACUUUGCCUUUUGAUAAGACUCCUUGGAAGAAGAACCCAAAACUACCGUCCUGAAGAAAUUAAGACUCUUUAUUUUUGGAUUAAAUUAUGAUUAUUGUUACUAUAUUUUUGUAGACUUUCGCUCGGAMUAUAUUUUUUAAACUUUUGGUGAAGUUUUCAUCUUUUUUUCCUGUCUUGGAAAUGUUUGGAACACUUUUGGUGUUUAUUUAUUAUUAUUAUAUUCCUACAUUUUGGAACCCAAGCUUCAGGAAAAACUAAACGAACAGGAGGAUUAACACUACAAGGGAUUAUUUUGAAGGUGGACUGAACGAGCACCUUCUUUUUCUUCGGGACGGAGCUCGGAGGCGCGCGCAGCUCCCUCGGCAGGGCGAGCCGCUGCCCUCCCUCCGCUCCACUCCCCCACCCCUUCCACCCCCCCAAGCCUCGCGCCGCAGUGCUGAGGAGAGAGAGGGGCAAUCCUCGCGCUUCCAUAAAUGCCCGGUCCGUUGGAGAGGCUCGAGGCUGGGCAGCAAGAUGAGCUCGUGGGUCCAGCUGCUGCUCGCGCUGCUGGCGGCGUGUCUGUGCUUCGGCGUGGCCGAGGGGGAUGUUUUGCCUGCAGCCCUGGUGGAGCUGGUUAGAAACAGCCCCAUUUCCUCUAUAGAGGACCUUCAGCUGCUGCUGCUCACUGACUCCGUAGAUGAGGAAGACGAGACUGCUGCAGCUAAUGAAGGUCACAGAUCUCCACGAAGUCUCGAAGCCCAGCUGGCCCAGCAGGCUCUGUGUAAAGUGCGCACGGAAGUGGUGGAGGUCACCAGGGCAAUGCUGGACCGCAGCAACGCCAACUUCCUGCUGUGGCCGCCGUGUGUCGAAGUGCAGCGCUGCUCGGGCUGCUGCAAUACCAAGAGCUUGCRGUGUAUCCCCGUCGCCACACACACUAGAUAUCUGCAGGUCAUGAAGAUUGAGUACAUCAACAAAAGACCCACUUAUGCCAAAGUGGUGGUGUCAGUCGUGGAUCAUGUGGAGUGCAGAUGUCAGCCCACUCAGAGACCCCCCGAGCUGAAGAAGAAAUCCUCUCGCAGGCAGCAUAGCCACCUGCAUCGAAAUCAAACACUCAGUCAGGGGCCCACGCAGGUGAAGGUGCACUCCAAAGACGAGCUUCACCAGUUAGACGAGCUGAAGCAGACCCAGAGGGCCCACCUGGAGGAGCUGCUGGAGCAGCACUGGAACUCCAGAGCAGACGCCUUCCUUCAGCCCGGAGAAGGUUACAGUCUGGCAGGAGAGGAACCGUCUCAGCACGAAGAGGCCGUUCUCUUUGCUCCACACUGGGCUCACAACUUCACUAAGCUUCUGGAGAUCGAACGUCAAACGGAGAAGCAGGAGAAUGUGGAGGUCUCCGAUGAUGUUGGUGCGGAAGUAAAGUUGGGAGGAAAUGGAAAUGCAGGAAACAAAGACACGCAGACAGCCAGCCCGCAAUGGGAAGAGGACACGUCUAAAAUUUCAAAGAGCCACACGGGUGGACUCUCUAAGCAUGUAACUGAAAAUCCUGAAGAGAUGUUCAGCCCUAGCAAGGAAACUCUUAUCGAGAGGGUGAGGAGCAGGUUCAGACCGACCAAAGAGCCGAACCCAGACCCUCGAGAGCAGGACAGGAGGAGCCAAAACGAGACUCCCGAGCUGGAGCACAUGCUGCAGGUCGAGGAGGAGAAGUUGGAGGCGGAGAGGAAGGAGCUCCUACUUCUGCACAAGAGGUUGGAUCAAGAGAAAGAAAUCCUGCGACUUCAGAAAAUAAAACAGGAGGAGGAGGAGGGAAGACUAAAAGAAAAGGAGACAGACAGUCAGCAGCAUCUUCAUGGGAAACAUCACCUGCAUACAACCACGCCCAAAUCAGAAACAACAUCUACAACCACCACACGGCAGCCGUCAGCCCCGAGGGGCCCCCGACUCCCCGCUCGUCCAAACCUGAUCAAGAGAAAGAUGAGGAAGAACCGCAAACGGAUGAGCAAGGCAGCUAUGAGAGCGAUGCUGAUGUAGAUGUGAAACAAAGCCGGGAGCGUUUUGGAGAACAUUUGAGGAUAAAACAAGAUGAAUGGAAGUAUUUAUUCGUUGUCAGUAACCAGCUUGUCCAGUGAGCUCUCCUCAGUAACACUACUAAUGACUGCUGAACCUGUAACUGUUCCCGGACGAAGCGCCGCAGAACCGAUAAAGGCAAAGAAACAAAAGAUGGAACUUCUCUUUACAAAGGUGGUGCUCAAAGACGAAGUGUGUUCAAACACGGUGUCUGAGUGGGACAAAAAAAAAACCCAACAACUYGUGGCUGUUGAACUGUGGAGAAAAGUGCAAUUUCAGACCUGUUCCUGGAUCCAUGUUUAGAUAUCAGCAGAGAGAAACUGCACUUAAAUGUCAGAACCAAAAGUUGAGACGGGGUUUGAUGGUGAAAAAAACUUUGAUGAUUGUGAAAACCACUGCCAAAUCUGAAAACAAAGAACGUUUGGUGGAAAAUAAAAAUAAAACGGAUUUAACUGUUGAAAUUCGAUAAUCUGAGACAAUCAUCAUAAAGCAUAAUAUCUGUGUUAAAAAAAUCUCCUUUUUUAACCACAUUUCCGUUUAACUCAUUACAAACACUGGAGAUUAACAUGGAUAUAUUGAAGAAAAACAUCUUAGAGAUUUCUGUGUCAGUUUGUGCCAUGUUUCUUAUUUAUUUGUCUGGUAUUACUGUGUAAUAACAUUCUGUACAAAUACUGCAAACAACACGUUGCUGAGAUGUAAGUGAUUGGGCUCUCCUCGGUGUGUGGGGUGGGUUCAAACAGAGCACAAAGGAGUUGAAUAAGGGAUCAAAAGCUUCUGAGACCUCCCAGCGCCGUGCUUUGUUCCACUUUUGUGUCAUGAAUAAGUGUGUGUUUGUGUUGUAUGUUUGUUGAGGAGUGUGUUUAUGGGCUCACACCUACAGAUCUGUCAUGUAUGUUAAUCGUUUGUCCUUUUUUUAAUAGAGAAAAGUGUGUCUUCCUUCAGUCUCGGGUUGAUGAAAACAAGCAAAUUCUUCAUGAAUUAUAAUCCUUUCGAUAUAAAAUGCUAAUAGGAAAACAAGAUUUGCAAACAUAGAUGCUAUGUUUGUUUCUUGUACAUUUAUAACAACUUUUAAAAACCCUCCUCUGAGGCCAUUUUUGUGUCCAAAAGUCUUUAAUCAGCUCAACAUCUUAAGUUAUUGAAUGUUAUGCGCUAACUUACAACUGUUACUUACUGUUGUCUGUUUUAUUAUAAGAUAAAAAAUGAGAAUGUUUGUGAUGAUUGCCCUAUAAUGCUAUUUUCAUAUGAAUUUAAGAAAAUUUGUGCUUAAAAUGGACUUUGUUGUUUCUUUUAUUUUCUAAUGUUUUUUAAGACAAUGUUAACCCUAGUGUAUUGAAGUAUGGUUCAAAUCUUUUGAAGUGGGAUUUCUGUGGGGAGGUCAUGAUUACUUAUUUUUCCUGUCAUAAAUGGCUUUUUGAUUAAUAAGACUGAGACGAUC